GUUACGAAAAAACUUUACCAAAGCCUGCAGCACCAAGAUUGGGUGAAGCUGGAUGGCAAACGAUACAAUUACGGUUCGAUACGACAGAAUUAGACGGACACAGGGAUCUUCGUUAUAUCUUGGAAGUCGAGCCACAAUGGGGUCCCCAAGAGAGGAAUAAUGUUUUUGUUGUGUUUCCUUACACAAUAAAAUACCAUUAUGUAAGUGGAUUUUGAUUUCUUAUCCGUCCUUAAGAAAGUCAAAAUUUAUAUUGCGAUCGCAGUAUCAGGCAUUCGAUUUCUUCUUUCGGCUCUUAAAAAAAAUAGAUUGAAUGAAAUGUAUUAUCAAAGCGUGGUUAUGCCCACACCAAGUCAUAUCUUGAUAAUGCAUUUUACCCACUAUAGACCAACCAAACAACAUAUUAUGUUGAAGAUCUUGAACCGAAUACUGGUUAUAAAUUCCGAGUAAUGGCUAAAAAGCUGAAUGAAUCGUCACCAUACAGCAACUGGACUGAUGUUAUUUUCACAACAA